UCUGAAGUGUGCGAAUGUGUACGCGGAUGUCAGUACGGAGUUUUACGUUUUAAAAUGCACAGACUGCAAAAAGCUGCUGCGGAAAAACUCGAAAAGUUUAAUAAAUUAAGAGGCCAUGAAGUACGGACAGGAGAGUUUUGGGAUAUUGUUGUUGUCACAGCCAUUGAUGAAGACCAGAAACUGGCAUACGAACUGCAACUUUCCGAGAAACUCCGUAGAAGAGAACUUCCACUUGGUAUUCAUUAUCAUGUGUUUGCUGAUCCUCCCGGAUAUAAAAUAGGCAAUGGCGGUUCCACGCUAUAUGUCUUAGAAAACUUGGAAGAUAAGUAUGGGGAGAGUCUGAGUAAGUUUAAAAUAAUGAUUAUACAUGCAGGAGGAUUGAGUCAAAGACUUCCAAAUGCCAGUGCCUUAGGAAAAAUCUUUACUGCCUUGCCACUUGGUGACCCAGUAUACCAGAUGCUUGAACUUAAGUUGUCAAUGUACAUAGACUUCCCCAUUGACAUGAAACCUGGGGUUUUGGUGACUUGUGCCGAUGACAUUGAACUUUACAACAUCGCAAGCACAGAGAAGAUCGUUUUUGACAAGCCUGGCUUUACUGCCUUAGCUCACCCCUCCCCCCUCUCCAUCGGGACAACUCAUGGAGUGUUUGUACUGGAUCCCAGGGAAGAAUCUGGAACUUCCCAGAUGGAAUACAGGUCCUGUUACCGUUUUCUCCACAAACCAAGCAUUGAAAAAAUGUACGAAAAUGGUGCGGUGUGCAAGGGAACUGCUAUGAAUGUAACCAAUUCUGAUUUUGUUUACACUGACAGCACAUACUAUAUAGAUUAUGCAACAGUGCAAUGUCUGCUGCUUUUGCUCAAAGACAUCAGGCCUAUAAUUUGUGAGAUUGAUGCCUAUGGGGAUUUCCUGCAGGCGUUGGGCCCUGGAGCCACAAUAGCGUAUACCCAGAACUCUAGCAAUGUGACGACAGAAGAAAGCAGUCUUUUAAAAGUCAGGCAAAUUAUAUUUCAGUGGCUUCAAGGAAAGGCCCUUAAUGUUAUUGUUCUCAAUAACUCUAAAUUCUAUCACAUUGGCACUACUGGGGAAUACCUUUUCCACUUGACACAAGAUGAUAACUUUAGGUCUGAACUUAAUCUGGUUUCCAGUGCAUUCAGCACAUGCCCUAGUGUAGUGCCAGGCAGUUGCAUAAUUCACAGUGUCCUUCAUCCGAGCUGCAGUGUAGGUCCAGGGACAGUGAUUGAGUACUCCAGACUUGGCGCUAAUGUGACAAUAGGUGAGGGUGCAAUAAUCAGCGGGUGUGACGUCAGCAGUGAUCUUCAUGUACCUUCUGGUGUGUUCAUGCAUUCGCUGAGUGUGAAAGUACGUGGCACCACAAGCUAUGUGACAGUUGCAUUUGCAAUAGAGGACAAUAUGAAACAGUGUGUGACCUCAUUGACUGAAAUCGACAAACUGCAGCUUUUCGGAAAUAGUCUUGAAAAAUGCCUACAUCACUGGAGCUUAAGGGUUGAAGACCUUAAAUUUUCUGGUGACAUGGGCAAGUUUGGUUUGUGGAAUGCUAGCAUUUUUCCACAAUGCUCUGAUCUGAGGCGCUCAUUCACAUUGUCAUCACAGAUGAUCUGUUCUCUGUAUGGCAAGUCUACUUUUAGAUUUCCCAAAGAUAUAAGACUAUUAUCCAUACAGGAGGUCUUACAAUACAAGAAUUUGGAAGAAAUGUUGAAGUUCAGACAGCAUCUGUAUGAAGAGAUACAAGAAAAUAAGAAUGUUCACCUAAAUAUCUAGGGUCAAAAGGUCGGUGCGAGUUGAAUGCCUGCACAGUCAUGCACCACUUAACAAGGGGGAUAUAUUUGGAGAUAUGCGAUUCUGUCAUUGCACAAACAUCGUAGAGAGUACUUAUACAAACCUAUAUGGUAUAGCCUACUACAGACCUAGGCUACAGUAAUCUUUUUUUUUUUUGGUAAAAAGAGUACGGUAUACUAAAUUCAUAAAGCAAUAACAUAGUUGCUUUAUCAUUAUCAAGUAUUAUGUACUAUGCAUAAUUGUGUGUUCCAUACUUUUAUACGACUGGCACCACAGUAGAUUUGUUUACAGCAGCAUCACCACAAACCCGUGAGUGAUGCAUUGCACAAUGAUGUCACUACGUGAUUAGUGACCUAAACAUCUUUAUGCGACACAUGACUGUAAUUGAUUUAAUUUCAGAUCAGUUCUGUGUUUUAGAGAUUUUUGAGGUUGACUACCAUCAUCAAAUCUUUUUGUACAAGGAUUUGACCAAAUUAGUGUGUUGAUGGUAUGGGCUUCUCUGAAAUGAUAUCAAAAGUCAGAUAUAUCUGUAUAGAAUCCACUGAAAUUACCUGGCAACAGACACACUGAUUUCAAUACUUGAAAAGAGAUGUAGGUCUUUAGCAGCACCUCACACUGGAAUUGGGGUUCAGUUCUGCCGUGUGUGUGUGUGUGUGUGUGUGUCUGUGUUUCUCUCCCCUGGGUAUUCCAGUUCUCUUCCACAGCCCAAAGACAUGCAGUUAGGUUCAUUAAUAUUCCUGAAUUGCACAUAGAAUCUAAUUGUAUUAGGGUGGCAAAAAAAAUAUUUCGAUGACUGGUUAAUCAUGUGAUCAGAUGAUUAGUAGAUUAGUUGGGCCAAAGCACAAGGUUUAAAGAAAAGUGCAAAUGCUUUAUUAAAACAAAUAAUAAUAAUCAAACAAAAAUAUUGAGGUACAGACACUCUACUUAUGAAUGAGAUAUGUUCUGAAGGGCCGUUCGUAACUUGAAAUGUUAGUAAGUCG